AUGAUACUUGAUUUCCAGGUUUACGAGUACAGUGCACAAAGCCUUGCCAACAGCCUUCCGAACCUUCGAUGGAGCAAUGCACUACUAACGAACAAUAAGGAACCCUGCAGGAAAAGCGCUCAUCAUCAUGUGCCAUCUUGUUCGCCGGUCUGCGUCUACGCGCCACGCGAAACGAACAUGAUGACGUUAGCGAAGAUCGAUAGGCUUCUUCGCGCCACGCGUAACGAAUGCAAUGGUAAACCCAAAGCGACAAUAUUCAACGUCAAAAACCGUGCGCCAGGGCCGGAAGACCUAAGGUUUGACCUCACGGUACAUUCCGAACCGUUGAUUGGGCUACUCGAUAAUAAAGAUUCUACUUUUAAAGAUGUGUUACCUCCCCGCUUCCUUAUUUCAAGACGCGGGCGUGUUUUGGUUAUGGACCUGAGAUGU